AUGAUCGCAGCGUCUACGGCGUGCCGGAGGCCGGCGACCUGCCAGCGCGAUGGGCGCAAAGGCUAUCGGUCGACGCGGGCACUGGCGCGGUCGGGAGCGCAGCGCCGGAACGUCGCGGCGCGGUACCGCACCCGAGGCAGCGCUGACGUCCCCAAGGGCAUGAUGAUGGUGGAGGACCUCCAACGUCUGGUCGACGAGGCCCUCGAGCCGUCUGCUGGGAGGAGCGUCAUCGACCUCGACGGCCGCGUCGUGGACGGCCAGUGCGAGAAGGAGUCCGAGAACAUCUCGUUCUACGGCGGCAACCCUUGCGCCCUGGGACCCGUUCUCAAGAUCACCAAGCCGUGCGUCAUCAAGAACGGGACCCUCCGCGGCUUCGGCGGCGUGCUCGCCAUCCCGGAGCGCCCCGCGAGCAUCGGGCCGAAGAUCGCCGCCGUGCACGUCACGCGCGAGGGUGCCGGCGCCGUGUUCGACAACGUCACCAUCGACUACCCCAUGGAGGCGUGCGUGGAGGCCGGCGGCGACGAGGGCGGCCCCGUCGCCGUGUACGUCGAGCCGGGGUCGGUGGUGACGCUGCACCGGACCUGCAUCGACGGCGCGCAGACCGCGUGGCACGGCGUGGAGGCCGCGGGGGGCGCCGCGGCGUACAUGGUCCUGAGCCGCGUCACGCGCACGACGGGGGCGGCGGUGCUGGCGCACGGCACGGGGAGCAUCGUGCGUCUGACCGACGUGGCGGUGGACGGCAACGAGGCCGGGGUGGUGGCCGCGAACGGCGCCGAGGCGCUCAUCGAGGGCGGCGCGCUGUACGCCAACUCGACGUUCGGCGCGCAGGCCACGGGGAACGGGUCUGCGGUGGACUUGAUCGGGGCGGAGGUGCGCCACAACGGGGAGGCGGGCGUGGAGGCGUGCUUGGGCGGGCAGGUGGUGCUGCGGCCGUGCAACAAGAUCGAGAGGAACGGCGCGAAGGGGCGCGAGGACCACAACGUGGUGGCGCAGAUGGGCGGCAAGGUCCUGCAGGGCAGCCAGGUGCCCCCGAUCAAGUUCGACGAGCCUGACGAGGCGACUCUGCGCGCCGAGGCCGGCGACGUUCCGCUCUGGGCGGACCUGGACCCGGUGUCUGCGCGCCGCAUCGCCGGCCGGGACCGGCGCCGCGCCGCGGCGCACGCGCACCGCCUGAGCGAGCAGACGGCCGCGCCGCAGCAAGCGGCCGCGCCGCAGGUCGCCGCGGGCCCCGGCGUGGUGCUCGACCCGCACGACCCCGCCGCGGAGGGCUUCGGCGUCUCUCAGCAGGAGGUUGAGCGCGUCGUGGCGCAAGCGGCGGGCAGCUCGGCAGCGCACGGCGGCAGCCGUCGCAGGAACCGCGCUCCGCCCGAGAUCGGCGAGCACGACCCCGGCUUCUCCAUGGACUACGAAGGCUGGCUGUGA